CCCACCUUUAGCGUUGGAGCUAGAGCUUCGGAAGCAACAUUUCUCCCUUGUCCGUUGUGUCCCGCGAAAAAAGUGUAGGUACAGCCCGCAUUUGCAUCUGAAUACUGAAGCUCUUACCAGGCCCACCAUAAGACAGCGGACAUACAAGACCAGCUCAAGCUUCGCGAAGAGGCAAACCACAACAGAGAAAAGCUAUAAUCAAACCGGUAUAUUCAUCUAGUGGUAAAGAUGUCGUCUUUCAGUCCCACCCAAAUCUUCGAAGAGGGCACCACCGAAGAGAAGGGAGAGAAUGCCCGUCUCGCCGCCUUCGUAGGCGCUAUUGCCGUUGGCGACCUCGUGAAGAGCACCCUAGGACCAAAGGGAAUGGACAAGAUAUUACAAUCAGCAUCCACCUCCGAAAUCAUGGUCACCAACGACGGCGCUACCAUCCUCAAGUCGAUCGCCCUCGAUAACGCAGCAGCAAAGGUACUCGUCAAUAUAUCAAAGGUCCAAGACGACGAAGUCGGCGAUGGUACGACGUCGGUUGCCGUGUUAGCAGCGGAACUCUUGCGGGAGGCUGAGAAGCUCGUCGACAAGAAGAUACAUCCCCAGACAAUCAUCGAGGGUUACCGGAUAGCGAGUCAAGCCGCCCUUCAAGCGUUAGAAGGCUCGGCGGUGGACCACAGCAAGAAUCCCGAAGCCUUCAAAAAGGACCUACUCGCUAUCGCACGCACGACCCUAAGCUCCAAGGUACUCGCCCAAGAUAGGGACCUCUUCUCCAAGCUAGCCGUCGAGGCGGUAUUGCGACUGAAGGGUUCCUCGGAUCUGAGCCAUAUCCAAAUCAUCAAGAAAGCCGGUGGGAAAUUGAGCGACUCCUACUUAGAUGAAGGCUUCAUUCUCGAUAAGAAGAUAGGGGUAAACCAACCUAAGCGGCUAGAGAAGGCUAAGAUCUUGGUUGCCAACACAUCGAUGGACACAGACAAGGUCAAGAUCUUCGGUGCGCGCAUGAAGGUCAGCUCGACUGGCAAGCUGGCCGAGCUCGAGAAGGCCGAGAAAGAUAAGAUGAAGGCCAAGGUAGAUAGGAUCAAGGCUCACGGCAUCAAUUGCUUUAUCAACCGACAGCUGAUAUAUAACUGGCCGGAGCAACUGUUCACCGACGCCGGAAUCAUGUCCAUCGAGCAUGCUGACUUCGACGGGAUCGAACGCCUGGCUCUUGUAACCGGCGGUGAGAUCACCUCCACAUUCGACCACCCGGAACAAGUAAAAUUGGGUCACUGCGACCUGAUCGAGGAGGUCAUCAUUGGCGAAGACACACUCAUCAAGUUCUCUGGAGUCGCCGCCGGUCAGGCUUGCACUAUCGUCCUCCGAGGUGCCACUGAACAGUUACUGGAUGAAGCGGAGCGUUCGUUGCAUGACGCUUUAGCCGUCCUCUCCCAAACGGUCAAAGAGCCAAGGACAACCCUCGGCGGCGGUUGCGCUGAGAUGCUCAUGGCCAAAGCCGUAGAAGGCGCUGCAACUCGAGUAGAGGGCAAGAAGCAAAUGGCCGUGUCGUCUUUUGCGAUAGCUUUGCGGCAGCUCCCCACAAUCCUGGCUGACAACGCUGGAUUAGACUCGAGCGAACUUGUAGCGAGAUUACGAAAGGCUAUCUAUGACGGCCUAUCGACAUAUGGUCUAGAUCUGAUGACUCCCGGCGGGGGCAUAGCGGACAUGCGAGACUUGGGGGUCAUCGAGAGCUACAAGCUAAAGAAAGCGGUUGUCUCAUCAGCCAGCGAAGCUGCGGAGCUACUCCUGAGAGUUGAUGACAUAAUCCGUGCGGCACCACGGAGGAGAGAAAGGCACUGAAUGGAAUUUCACCGCGAAAAAAAAGGAUGUAAAACGUACAUAGACUAGGCCUUAGACUAUGCGAAUACCCGUCAUAAUGAGGAGAUCAGGCAUGAAGUUUCAGGCCGACAGCCUAGCAAUGAAAAGCAAACCUUCAUUCGAAAAUAGGAACCGCAAGUUACUUGAUAGUUGUAGGUCAUCAGUCCAAAAUCGAACAGCCAUAGUCAAGGUAGGCAUCUUCGCGAUCGUUCAUUCACCUAAUUCAAACCAUGCCAUGUCUAAUGUUUAAAUGAAUGAGUCUAGAUAUCUCACUAGGAAC